AUGACUUUCUCUUCUCCUCAAGAAGAUAUUGUCCCAAGCAAGCUAGGACCAGAGUACUUGGGCUUCGACCAUGUCCUCUGGUACGUUAGCAAUGCCAAACAGGCGGCAUCAUAUUAUAUCACACGCUGGGGUUUCAAAUCAGUUGCCUAUAAAGGACCAGAAAAUGGUUCUUGCCACAUUGCCGGCCACGUUAUAAAGAAUGGAGACGUGGUUUUUGUUUUUAUUGCUCCAAUUAUUUCUAUCCCUUGUGAAAAUUUGGAUUACAAGAUGUCCUCGGGGGAAAAACAGCAACUCCAAGAAAUACAAGAUCAUCUUACCAAGCAUGGGGAUGGAGUCAAGGAUGUGGCAUUCCGAGUCAAUGAAGAUGUCAAGCCCAUAUUUGACAAGGCAAUUGCUGCAGGGGGCCAGGCUGUGUGUCAACCAACCACCGUGAGAGAUGAACUCGACGGUACGAUCCAAACAUGUACAAUUGGCUCAUAUGGGGAUACAACUCAUACUCUGGUUAAUCGUGUGGCCUACAAGGGUUGUUUUAUGCCUGGCUUUUGUCCGGUUUCUGAGAUCGACCCCAUCGAACGAUACCUUCCACAGGUUGACUUCAUAAACAUUGACCAUUGUGUUGGCAAUCAACCUUGGGGCGGGCUUGAUCCUAUUGUUAGCUUUUACGAGGACUGUCUUGACUUUCACCGUUACUGGAGCGUGGAUGACAAAAAUAUGUGUUCGGAAUAUUCUGCCAUGCGCUCGGCUGUUAUAGCAUCACCCAACGAGGUUAUCAAAAUGCCCCUUAAUGAACCUGCUGAGGGGCUGAAAAAAUCUCAGAUAGAAGAGUUUGUGGAUUAUUAUAACGGUGCCGGUGUGCAGCAUAUUGCUUUUCUAACAAAUGAUAUCCUAAAAUCGAUUGCCACUCUUCGCGCACGGGGGGUCAAGUUCAUUUCUGUCCCGGGUAGAUACUACGACACCAUGCGCGAACGCCUGGCGAAGGCUGGCAUGACUCUCAACGAAGACAUUGAAGCUUUGAGAGCACAGAAUAUCCUAGUCGACUUCGACGAGCGCGGAUACCUCCUUCAAAUAUUCGCGAAACACGUUGUUGAUAGACCUACAGUCUUUAUCGAGGUUAUCCAACGAAAUAAUUUCGAUGGAUUCGGGGCUGGCAAUUUUAAGGCGCUGUUUGAAGCUUUCGAGCGGGAGCAAGCUUUACGAGGCAACCUUUAA